AUGGUGAGUGUGUGGCCGCUGCCACCAACGUGGUGGUGGAGCAGGAGGCUGAUCAGCAGAAGCUGGUUUAGUUGGUCCUUCCUGGGCUGGAUGGAAACCGGCAGCCAUCAGCUGCUUAAUUUUAUCACCUAUGAUGAUGUGAAUGUGUACUUCACUCAGGAAGAGUGGGCUUUGCUGGAUCCUUCCCAGAAGAAUCUCUACAAAGAUGUGAUUAUAGACACCUACAAGUACCUUACAGCCAUAGGCUACAAUUGGGAAGACCAUAAUAUUGAAGAACAGUGUCAAAGUUCGAGAAGAUAUGUAAGGAAUGAAAGAAGACAUAUUUAUGAGAAGCACUAUGGAUGUAAGCAGUAUGGUAAAGCCUUGUCCCAACCCAGUGAUAUCCUAAUGCACAAAAGAACACAUACUGGAGAAAAACCCUAUGAAUGUAAUCAGUGUGGUAAAGCCUUUUCACAGGAUAAAAAUCUCGAAAGGCAUAAAAGAACACAUAUUGGAAAGAAGCCCUUUAAAUAUCAUCAGUGUGGGAAAGCCUUUUCACAAUUGAUUAACCUCCACAUUCAUAAAAGAACACAUACUGGAGAAAAACCCUACGAAUGUAGUCAAUGUGGUAAAGCCUUUUCAAACCUCGGUACACUACAAGUGCAUAAAAGAACACAUACUGGAGAGAAACCCUAUGAAUGUAUUCAGUGCGGCAAAGCCUUUUCUCAACAGGGAAAUCUCCAAAUGCAUAAAAGAACACAUACUGGAGAGAAACCCUAUGAAUGUAUUCAGUGCGGCAAAGCCUUUUCACAGCACUCUAGUCUACAAAUGCAUAAAAGAACACAUACUGGAGAGAAACCCUAUGAAUGUAAUCAGUGUGGUAAAGCCUUUGCAUGUUGUAGUGCUCUCCAGAGACAUGAAAGAAUUCAUACUGGAGAGAAACCCUACAAAUGUAAUCAUUGUGGGAAAGCCUUUUCACAAGUCAGUAAUCUCCACAGUCAUAAAAGAACACAUACUGGAGAGAAACCCUAUGAAUGUAUUCAGUGCGGCAAAGCCUUUUCACAGCACUCUAGUCUACAAAUGCAUAAAAGAACACAUACUGGAGAGAAACCCUGUAAAUGUAAUCAGUGUGGUAAAGCCUUUGCAUGUUGUAGUGCUCUCCAGAGACAUGAAAGAAUUCAUACUGGAGAGAAACCCUACAAAUGUAAUCAUUGUGGGAAAGCCUUUUCACAAGUCAGUAAUCUCCACAGUCAUAAAAGAACACAUACUGGAGAGAAACCUUAUGAAGGUACUCAAUGUGGUAAAGCCUUUUCAUACCUCCGUACACUCCAAGUCCAUAAAAGGACACAUACUGGAGAGAAACCCUACGAAUGUAAUUACUGUGGUAAAGUCUUUUCACAAUCCGGUAGCCUCCAUGUGCACAAAAAGACACAUAUGGAGAGAAACCCUAGGAAUGUAAUCAAUGUGGUAAUGCCUUUUCAAAACCAAUAGUCUUCAAAGGCAUAAAGGAACCCAUAAUGGAGAGAUACCCUACGAAUGAUAUCAAUAUGGUAAAGCCUUUGCAUGUUGUAGUGGUCUUCAGAGGCAUAAAAGAAUUCACACUGCAAAGAAACCUUAUGAAUGUAAUCAGUGUGUUAAAUGCUUUUCACAACCCAGUUCUUUCGAAGUGCAUAAAAGAACACAUACUGGAGGGAAGCCAUAAAAAUGUAAU